CAUGCCAGAACCACCGUCUGGCUGAUUCGGUCGCUAGGUGGCUCCCUGAUCUACAUGAGGUCAGCGAUUGCCGUGGUGAAAGCUUGGCAGGGCCUUGGCAAGGCUGCUAAAGUUUGGGGAGAUGUCCUUUACUUAUUGCCAAUACAACAUGACGCCACGGAUUUCGGACCAAAGGAGACGUCAAUGACUCGCCAUAGAGAUUGUCUCAUGCUAUGCACCUACAACGCCAGGACAGCCUCCACCAACGCCGAUCUUCACGCCCUCCUCGAAGCUGCAGGGCGUAUCAACUACCACGUAAUCGCCUUGCAGGAAACAAAGUCCAGGAAGACGGACGUGAAGCUGAGUGAGGGCACACUCAUCAUUCGUGGUGAAAAGGUUCCAUUACGGAACAUUGGAGGCUUUGGAUUUGUCGUACCAUCUGUUGUCCAUCUUGUCGAUUCGCAUGAGAUUCUAUCACCUUGCCUGGCUAUUUUUACUCCGUCCUCUGCAUCAGAAAGCCAUCACUAUCAUCAACUGCUAUUCUCCAACAUCAGCAGCUGA